GUUCCGCAACUUAGAGGUCCUUCCUUGGGGCAAUUGGACGAACUGUUGAGACGGAGAGAGUGAGAGAGACUGAGGCUAUGGCACCAACAACGACGCUCACAUCUCUAGCAGGGGAGAAGACGCUGCAGUCGAAGUUCGUCCGGGACGAGGACGAGCGUCCGAAAGUGGCAUACAAUGAGUUCAGCAAGGAAAUUCCGGUGAUUUCUCUGACCGGAAUUGACGAGGUUGACGGCCGGAGAGCGGAGAUCUGCCGGAAGAUCGUGGAGGCGUGCGAGGACUGGGGGGUUUUCCAGGUCGUCGAUCAUGGGGUGGAGGCGAGUCUUAUCUCUGACAUGACUCGCCUCGCUCGAGAGUUUUUCGCUCUGCCUUCCGAGGAGAAGCUCCGUUUCGACAUGUCCGGCGGCAAGAAAGGUGGAUUUAUUGUUUCCAGUCAUCUUCAGGGAGAGGCAGUGCAAGACUGGAGGGAGAUAGUGACCUACUUUUCAUACCCGAUCCGGACCCGGGAUUAUUCAAGAUGGCCCGAUAAGCCGGAUGGGUGGAAGGAGGUGACGAAGGCCUACAGUGAAAAGUUGAUGGGCCUGGCCUGCAAAUUACUCGAGGUGUUGUCUGAGGCUAUGGGACUUGAGAAGGAGGCGCUUACCAAUGCAUGUGUUGAUAUGGACCAGAAAGUCGUGGUCAAUUUCUACCCGAAAUGCCCGCAACCAGACCUUACACUCGGACUCAAGCGCCACACGGAUCCGGGUACCAUUACCCUGCUCUUACAGGACCAGGUUGGGGGACUUCAGGCCACCAGAGACGGGGGCAAGACUUGGAUUACUGUUCAACCAGUUGAGGGAGCAUUUGUUGUUAACUUGGGCGACCACGGUCAUUACUUGAGCAACGGGAGGUUCAAGAACGCUGACCACCAAGCAGUGGUGAACUCCAACCAGAGCCGUCUGUCAAUCGCCACGUUCCAGAACCCGGCGCCGGAGGCCAUCGUGUACCCGCUGAAGAUCAGGGAGGGGGAGAAGUCAGUGCUGGACGAGCCAAUGACCUUUGCAGAGAUGUACAAGAGGAAGAUGAGCAAGGAUCUCGAGCUUGCCAGGCUGAAGAAGCUGGCCAAAGAGAAGCAAUUGCAAGAGGAUGAGCUGGAAAAGGCCAAGCUUGAACUCAAAUCCAAAGGCGUCGGAGAGAUCUUUGCCUGAGGAGGCAUCAGACCUUUCGUCCUCCAGUCCAGUGUGUACGUGUUGGCACGUCAUGAUGCUUGCUUAAUUUUUGGGUUUGUUAUAUGUAUUAUCUAUAUGGGGUCUCGCUUAAAUCACAGAUGCUGUAAUAAUUCAGAGUACUGGUGAAUGGAUGUCGUUUUCCCUACUUUGAUAACCAACACGAAAGUGAUUUAUGCGUC